AAUGGUCUUGCUGGUGUUCGUGUGGUCUCAGAGCAUCCCUAUGGUGCCUGGAAAGAGGUUGUUUGCGUUACUUGCAUCUUGAACGUGCUUAGCCACCUGGCCCAAGGAGACAAGUGUUAAGGCACAGACUAUGCCUGAGUUCCCCUCUCCCAGGCACAGUAAGGUGAAGCCCACCUGCCAGCACCCUCUGCAGCUCUGUGCCAGUCUGUUGGAGGGUGGGCAGACCCACGCUGAGCUGCUGGUGCCCAGCUGCUGCUGCAGGAGCAGUGUGGAGCCCAACUCCUGCCAGCUGUGCGAUUCAGAACAGGACAUGGGGUCCUGAGGGACAAACCCGCUGUAAGCCAAACUUGCACCAUGGCAGAGAUGGGGGCCAAACUAACAGGAGUGCAGCCAGCAGAGUGAGGGAAAUUAUUCUUUCCCUCUGUCUGGCAUUUGUUAAUCCCCACCUGGGCACUGUUUUGGGGUCUCCAGAAGAUGACAGUGGCACUGAAGCAAGCCUGACGGAGGCCACCAAGAUGGUCUGGAGCACAGGAUGUAUGAUGAGAGGCUGAGAGAAGUGGCAUGUGCAUCCAGGAGGAGGCAAGAUGAAGGGGGAGUCUAUUGCUGCCUGCAGCUACUUAAUGGGAGUGUGUGGAAAGACAGAGCCAUACUCUUGCUGGGGAUGCACAGUCACAAGACACAGGACAAGCUGCAGCUUAUUGUGAGCAUUGAGUGUAGUCAGAUAGUGGAACAGGGGUCCAGGGUGGCUGUGGGCUGUCCAUCUGUGGGGAUACUCAAAGAUGCGCUGGCCAAAGCCUCGAGCAACCUGAUUUAACCUUGAAGUAAGUCCUGCUCUGAGCAUCAGGCUGGACCAGACCCCUCCAAAGUCUUCUUCCAACCUGGAUUAUCCCAUAAGCCUACACUCAGAGGAAGCCACCGCUACCCAGACCUGUUGGGUGGCAUCCCUGGCUGCGCGCCUUCAUUUCAGAAUAACAAGCCAUGGUUGUCAGGGAGGUUGCCAGGGAUGCUGACAUCAGAUGUCCCUUCCCUAUAGAUUAUCGUGCACAGCAGCACCAUCAGUUCCUAAUCUGCAAACGAGGUUGGAGGGCAUCCAGAGGAAGCCUCAGGGGCUGUUUUGCAUCACUGGCCCAGGUUGCCUAGCACUGCUGGGACUGUGGAGAGGGGGCACCAGCUCUAGGGGCUUGGCAGCUUUUUUCCCCCUGUGUGUCCUGCUUCAGAGCCAAACGUUGCUGAGGACGUAGCAGAGGAGCAGCCGAGGUGAUGGCAGCUGAGGCAGGGAUGCUCAAGCUGCCCUUCAUCCAUGAUGACCAGCUUACUCGUUGCAUGAGGCUGCGAUUCCAGAGCCUGCAGCAAAAAAACAUGAGGCCCCAGGAUGGCGAGAAACUGUUGCAUUCCAAUGAGCAUGUCUACCGAGUGGAUUUCAUCCGACAGCACAAUCUGCGCUUUCUCCGUUGGGACAUCCAGCUGGAGAGACCUGGGAAGGUCAUGGUGACCGGCACCUCCCAGCACUGGACUCCUGAUCUCACUCACCUUAUGAACCGGCAGCUGCUGGAGCCAGUGGGCAUCUUCUGGAAGAAGCCAGGGGCCAAGGAGGUGGAGUACAAUGAGGCAGAUGCCCAGGAAUUUGGGGAACGGAUAGCAGAGCUGGCCCAGAUCCGCAAGGUGAUGUAUUUUCUCCUCACUUUCACCGACGGCCUUGAACCAGCUCAGCUGAAAGGCUCCAUUAUUUUUAAAGCCUGAUCCUCUCUUGCUCUGCCCUUCUUGCUCCAGCUAUGCUUUUGUCUUCAUUAUUCUUUCUCUUAGUUCAGUGUUUGUGUGGUUCACUGCAAAAAAGUGGAGGACAGCUUGGCACUUCUGGAGCCCCUUAGCCCUGAGGAACAUUCCCCAUACGUGCUGUCCUCUGAACGAUGGGGAGGAGAGGGCCAUGAGCUUGCUGCUGUAUUUGCCUAGAAUAUAGGACUGCAUGCUUGUAAAUUCAGCAGGGAUUCACCAGGUCUUGCUGGCUGGAAAACAGGAGGCUGCCUUAACCUUUCCAACUAUGGCAACUGCAUACCAAAAGCCUGAUGGAAAAAUAAGAAAUUGCCAUACUAGAAACAGGAGAGACAACGUGGAGAGAGCCCUGACUUCCAGUUUCCAUCCUAGCCAUUAAAAAGGGAGGGCUUGUUUGUGAUGGGGUGCUGCUCCUUGCAAGGAUGCUGAGUGCCUGCAGGCUGCAGUGACAGCUGCUGCAACUGUAGCUGCUUGGUGUCUCUGAAGACCAGUCCCGUGGAGGAUCACUUUGCUGUGAAGCUGAAGUACAUCUGGAUAUGCUGUAUUCUGCAGAUUGCAAACCCGCUGGACAAAUGGGUCCAAGGAGGCUGGACCACCCUUUUCCUGACAGCUGCCACCUUUUCUUGCAGGGGGUCACUGUGAGGAGGUGUACUCCAGCAUGUUGCUCACCUUGUGCUGCCUGGAGGUGGUUGGUCCUGAGAUGGGUUGGAGCAAGCAUGCAUGUGUGUGCAGAGCCGGGCAAGUGAGCCAGCAGCUCAGAGGAGGCUGUAGGUCUGAGCCAGCAGCGAGUCCCCCACAGCAAAAACAAUUUGUGCGUUGUUGUGGCCUUAAAGCACUCAUGAAUAUAUCUAUUUUGAAGCAUCUAUAGAGAGCCGUGAGGCUGCAGAGCACUUUGCAAACCACACAGCAGGAACCUGUUGCUGCUGUCCCAGAAAGCGGUGUCUCCUACCCUCCUACCUGCUGAGGCAGGGAGCGGUGUCUGGGUGGCCAUGGGAGCAGAGAGGAGAGAUGGUACCUUUGCAAGUUUAGGAGCAGGAGGGUAUUUUGUGCCUGGCUUGUCCCAUGACUGUGAAAAAACUAACUUUGGACAUUCCCUUUUCCUCCAGAAAAAAGUGGAGGGUACUUUGGUGAAGCUUCUUGAGACCCACAGGUAGGAAUGUCCUUUGAAAGCAUCAGGUAUUAUUACAAUUGGUCCUUUGCUAAGCUUGCACUCAGAUGUGGGUGAGCGCUUCUCAAGGUGUGGCCUGAGAUUUUCCUGACCUGUGUAAGGAGAGGGCAGUGAUAGGAAAGCCAGGACAAGGUGACCUUCUACCCGUGGCCUGCUGGUUUGUGCGGACCAUCCCCAAAAGGGUCCAACCUCUUCUUCAAAGCCUCCAGAGAUGCAGACUCGAUGCCCUCCCCAGCCCAACAAUAGUGUAUAAAAUGAUGUGCACAAGCUGUGCUAGGCAGAGAGGAGAAGGAAAGCAGGAAGAUCAGCUACUGGCUGAAGAGGUGGUGGGAGCUUUGAGUCUUGUCCACAACCAAAGCUCAGCAACCACUGAAUCAUACAGCCAUGCCAUGGGCAUUGCCGGAGAAGUUGAUGUCUUUGUUUAGACCCCAAGAAAUGCUGGAGUCUGUGAGGAGAGGUAAAAGUGGAUGCAUCCCUGCUUGGCCAUAGCAUAGACCUACUGUAGACCAAACCCACUUCUAAGGUCCUUGCAGAUUUUCCCAUAUGAGGCCCCUCCUUGUACAUCCCAGAGCGGAGCUUGUGACUGCAAACCACAUUAAACCUGAUAACAGGAGCCACUGCCAACAUCCAAAGGGGGUUUUGCAUGCCAGGUCUCACAAUGUGCCAUUGCUGUCUUGCUGGUUGCUGGAGUACAGUUCUUGCUGCAGAUACUUCACUGGGUUUUGAUGUACCCAGUAAAUACUGAUGUACACAGUAAAUAAAAGCCUAGUCAACAGGG